AUGGCCACAUCAACAAUUAUUUUGGCCUUGGUCAGCAUCGGUUCGAGUCUACUCGUUUUGAUAGGUUCGACGACCAGCACGCUCAGUAAAGUGGGCAAGGCACCACGUUUCAAGCUGCGUUUGCUGAGUUUAGACCUUUGGCAGAGAGUGCAGUUUUGCAUCUGCCUGUUGGAUUCGGUGCUGCUUUUGGCGGUCACACCGCUCUUUGGGUAUUACUUUUAUCAUCACCAGGAUGGUAAGACGGUUUGGGAUGUCGCUUUCAGCAGGCCAGCAUCGGUGUUUGCUACGACGGCAGUGACCGUGGUGCGUCCAGUGUUGAUUACUGCUUUGGUUGGGUGCAACCAUCUUGGCAACGCCAACAAGAGAUGCUGCAAUCUCCUACUGCCGCUUGCCGCAGUGGUAGUCGUGGCGGCCGUUUCUACAGCAAUGGCAGUCAGCUGCUCUUUCCACUCCUCCGUCCGCUUUUCCUGUGCACCGAUGCCUCGGAUCAAGAUUGCUAUCGCUACGAUCCAGGCGCUUUUCGCAAUCCUAGCCACAACACUGCUCUUCGCUACCACAUCCUUAGCCAGGUCUAAACAAGCGCGAAUGCUUCUCCAGCAGCAACAACAACAACAUCGACCAUUCACCAUAGCAAGUCGAGCACCGAGUCUCUCCCUGCUUAUCCACACUCAGCCGGACCCAUGGACGCGUCAUAUCCACCUCGAUCUACCCCACCACCAUGUUCACCCGCAACGCGAUUUCGCCAAGACGGAUUUCGCCCCACCGAUCCACAAGGCUGCAAAGCAAGGGUCACAUGACCCCAUCGACUACCGCCCGAAAAUGGUGUCCAGUCUGUUGAAUCAAGUAGGUACCGCUUCGGAUAGAAUGACAGAUGCCACUACGACAUCUUUGGGUUAUGGAUCGGCGGUGGCGAGCUCAGCAAACCCGUAUCAUGUUGGCUCGACUUUUUCGUUGGCUAGUCGAGAUGCGCUUACCGGGUUUGCUUCUUCCAGCCUCGACUUGUUGGAGAGUAGAAUUGCACCGGUACCCAAGUAUCAGACUUGCACCAGCAAGCCAUCUUUACAGCCUAUUGAUGGUAAUCCUUUGUCGAGCACGUCAUCCCGGCCUCCGACUUCUGCUAAGGUCCAGAAGGCCAGUCGGGCUUCGUCCAGAAGAGCGCAAACAUCGACCUCACAUCUAAGAACGCAGGACAGGCAAGCAGCCACAGGUCUUACAGCGUCUCGAGGCCUCGAUUCGAGAGCAGUGAUGUUCCGACUGAUUGCAACCGUCAGCUCGCUGUGGUGCCCUGUAGCGCUUUUAGCUUGCUCACUCCUGAUCAGUGACUCUUCCGUACAAGCGCACAUGCUUCUGGCCUCUUUUUGCUCUCCUGCAGCCAUCAUACUCGUUCAAGAAUUAGCAACGCACCUGUUUGCCAUCGACACCACCAAUACGAAGGCCGAGUUACAACACUCUGGCCCUCAUCGAGCACACAGAACAAGCAACGAGAUGGAUGCCUGUUCGCAACGAGCAUCUGUCGCAUCCUCGGCGGUCGUGGUAUACGAAAACCACGAGUCGGUUCGAAAUCGUCGACCGCACCUUCGCUCUUACUCCUGUCCGUUGGAAUCCGAGAGGAAUGGGUACAGCAACCCUUUUCUCGACUCGGAGGCCGUGGGGAAACCGAGAGAUUCGAAACAGCGUCAAAGCUUGUCCUCGGCAAAAAGCGUGCCCUACCUGAGUCAACAUUGGACAGCAGGCAGAGUUAAAGGCGAUCGAGUCGUUGCACCUCGUAGCAGCUUCAUGCGUGGACUCAACUUGAUGAUGAAUCCCAGGCCGAAGCUCCAAGUGCUACCGGCACAUAGUCAAGCUUCUUUGCAGAAAUAUCGGGAUUGUGGUGACAGCGCAAGUGCAAAGCGAGCUUCCUUGCUACCGGCGUCUGUGACUUCAGCCAUUGUGGAGGGUUUGCUUGAUGUGCCACGGAGUCAGGAGCUUGUAACUACUGAUAGUGAAAGGACUUGUAUUACUCAGGGUUUAUCUCAGGAUAGAACGUAUGCUGCAUCGCCAGUCAUGCCCUGGGACCCGGCAGGAGAGGAGGAUGAAUCUGGUUCAGCACGCCAAGCCCAAUCAAUGGAUGAAAGGGGCCAACGAUCGACAGACGUCAUCCUCAACAUGGAUGAUACGCCGGGUAGCCCUCGACGAGUGGAUACCUACAACGCCAGUGUCGAAGACAGUCUACGAUCUCCAACGAAGCGACAUGCUCUACCCACUCGAUCGAUCGGUACACCAGAACAGAAGGCUGCUGCGACGACAAGCUUCUCGCACAACGAUGGAUCACAAAUUUCGGGCAGCAGCGCUUCCAGGCUGUUUUCAGAGAUCAUGGACAUGGUGCGAGGAAACCUAAGUGGUCAGGCUAGGAUGUCGCAUCAGCCCAGAGAAAUCUUGCGCGGCAACAGUCUGAAGCGUACGCCGCCAAAAGGUUAUGCCGAGAUCGAUGGAGGGACGACGCUCGAACAAGUGAGUAUUUACAACUCUGCCCAAGGCGAGAAUGGAACUGUCAUCAUUCAUUCUGGCGAGACGAGCUGCUACUUUGAGACGGCUGCUUCGCAGGAUGCCACAUUUAUGUCUCGAGAUAAGAGUUGCGCAGACGCUACUUUCGAAGAAAACAGGGAAGCAUCCCGCAGCGAGAUCAUGCAGCAUGGAUCUGGAUUGACGCGCAAGGGAUCGGCUUCGAGCACAUUGUCCUUCUCCAGCAUCUCGAGUCGAAUCCGAUCGAUCGGCAGGUCAUCCUUAGCCGGCGCUAGCGGCAGUCCAUCUUCAACUCCCGGCAGGAUUGGUCAACAGAACGAGGUGAAGAAGAUGCGAAGCAGAACAUUUGCUUCCGCUUUCGGCAUUGAGCUUGGAUUGCUGAACCGCAAUGGGUCGAAAAGUCGGAAGGACACGGCAGGCUACAAUGUGGAGAGUUCACCAAGCACCAGUUCGGGUACAUGUCCUUCAUCACUUAUGGACCUCAGCUUCUCGCCAUCGCCUGCUUCUGUGCGACAACGUGGGUCUCCAGGAGAGAUUUUAGCAAGCGAUCGCCUGGAACGCCGUGUGAGGAUGCAUAGGAGAAAUCAGUCGCGAGCCGACUCGAUUAUGGACAUGCUGGAUGAUGAGCAUGGGGAUACGAUCGAGGAAAUGCUAGACCCGGCUGAGGUAGACACCAGUCAGGUGACCGAAGCAGCUGAGCCGGGAGCGUGUAGAGCCGGUGACUUUGUUGCACAGCUGCAAUUCGCAGAGACAGCACAAGAGAAUCCUGGUCCAAGCGGUACCGGCUUUGACGAGCUUCGAGAAGUGGAUUUGGCGGACAUGACGAUGAACGACGUGUGGGAGCGUUGCUUCCCGCCUCAAGGAGCCACAGAAGAUGCUGGUAUGGACCACCUUGGGCAAGGCGUUGACGGUGAAGACACUAAUGGGCAAGAAGACAAUGACGAGAUGAUGGGACUAGAGAUGACACGACUUGCCAGAGCACCGUUGCUGGACACUGUAGCCGAAGAGUGGGAAGGUGAGAGCGACGUUGACGGCCGGACGGAUGGCGAUGAUCAACACUUGAUUGCUGGCAGGUGGAAUACCUGGGAGGGAGGUGACAGCAUAUCAGGACAAGCAGCUUGCGAGGCUCGUGGUGUCGAUGUCGAGGUAGAAGGCAAAGCAAGUCGAGAGUCGCUGCUGCUGGAACGAGAAGGAAAGCAACGUCAAGUGACAGAGCUACUGGCGGAGCACGAGGCCAUGUUCCCGCACAAGACCCUGUCCGAAAUUGUCGAGGUGACCGAGAUGCCAACAGGAUGGCGAGCAUCAGGGUAUCGCACGAGCAGCGGAGCAAGUGGUAGCAAGCUGUCAAGGGAGCGAUUGUCGUCGACGGCGGACUCGAGUGCAAUUCGUCUUGGACUGCCUUUGUCGAUGCGGUGCCAGGAGGAAGCAUCGAGCCGAGAGGAUGCAGCACAGAUGACGGACUGGACUUGUGGGACGGCAACUGAUGAAGCAGUUAACGCAGUGCAAGACGGAUCGAGGGAUGGUGACGAUGGUGAGGACUCGGGAAGCUUUAGGACUCGACAACUGGCAUUCGUCACACCUCGAAGUCGCAUGAGGUGUCGAAUGGCGGCUACUCGAAAGUUCUUUCAGGACGAGACGCCUUGCACUUCGGGAGCUGCGAGAAGCGAAGCAACUAUCGAGCCAUCGCCACGCUCGACGAGUGUCCGCCUUGGACAGUUGGGUAUGAAUCAAGGCAUCUGGGCACGAUCUCCGGUCAAGCUCGACCUCUCUUCGAUGGGAACAGACGUAACUCGGGAUAACAGCGAGAGUCAGAUGAUGGAUCGAGAUGGCAGCUUCCAGAUCGUCGAGAGCUCCGCGAUGGAUGGGGAUGACAGCCGAAGCUCGAGGCUGAGAAGGAGCUUGACGCUCACCAAGGCCAAGUUGGGCACCGAACCGAAACGAGUCUUGAUGAGGAAGCUGGUGUGGCUCGAUCACCACGAUUCUCCCAAGCGUGACCAGCGUAAUCGACUAUCAAGCGCUUCCACUCUUCUCCAAAGGCGAGCAACUAGUUGCAGUCCCGCUCGUGCGGCCGUCGGGCUCAACCAAGCUUCAAGCCCAGUGCACGAAAAGCGGCUGCCGCACAAACCUAUCAAGAAGCGUCGCAAGAGCCGGAUCAAGGGCGUAGCCGUCAUGAUAGCGCGACAUGAAUUUACAGUCGUUGACGAGGAUGACUCUUUGAUUCAGCGAUUCAACUCAGGCCAUCAGCAGCCACCCACCCUUCCCGCCUGCUCAUCUUCAAACACUGUCAAAGCCUAG